AUGUCGGAUCAGUGCAGAAAACUUACAGAACUUGAUUUUCGAGCGACGUACAUAUUGAAAGAUGUCUCUGAAACUGAAGCGAUUCAACGGGGAUAUUUUGAGUUUGUCUUCGGUAGUCCAGAAAUGCUUGUCAGUAUAACUGAAUGGAGGGAUAUGCUGAAGUCUACAAUUUAUCAAGAUAGACUGAAGAUGAUUGUCGUUGAUGAAACACAUACUGUCAUUCAAUGGGGUUUGGCCAGUGGUACAGAUGCGCCAUUUAGAGAAUGGUUUUCAAAGAUUGGCGAAAUCAGAUCCCUGUUCCCCAAAGCUGUCAUUGCUGCCCUAACAGCCACCACUCCGCCAAUUCAGAGAAGAAAAAUAAUGAAAAGUCUGUGCUUUGGUGCAAACUGA